AAAUGGCUCUUGAAGGCUUUUUUUUUUCGUUAAAAUAAGAUUGAAAAUAGAUAUUUUUAAUACUAAGAGUCCUGCCAAACCAUACCAAACCAUACCUUUCAAACGUGGCUCAAAUUGGCUCGAAUACUUGCUUUGUAAGGACAUAUCAUAGCCAAAGUCAAUUUUGGUCAGUUCUGCUUUUUCUGCUUCUCCGAAAUCGGAGGUGCGAUGGCCAGUCGCAUACUGCGCGACCGUAAAGUUUAGUUUAUAUGCAGAUACAUAUUUACAUAUCUAUUUUCGAGAUUGGCAGUUUGUCUUGGCAGAGUGAUGGCGAGCAACGGUGGCGGCAGGAGGCUUGUCCUCCAGAUCUGGAAGAACUUUUGGGCCUCGAUCGCGUCCAAGAAGCUGCCGGCCAACGAAAUGGGGAGCGACCACCUGGGAAACAAGUACUUCGAGAUCCCUGCCGAGCCAAGCAGGGGAAAGCGGCGGCCAGUUAGGUGGUUUGAGCCAUACAUUAAGGACAAGCUUGACCAAGAGGUGCCAGUCGAGUGGGAUGCGUGGCUACGGGGCAGACGGCAGGACCCGCCCACCCAAGAGGAGAUUCUUCGGAACAUCGCCAUUAUGGAAGCGAAGAAGAAGAGUGCUGCUCUUCUCAAAGAGGCAGCUCAAAAGGAACGGGAAGAAAGGACUGGUGGAGCCAUCACUAGUGCAGAAUCAGCCGCCCCGACCAGCUUUCCUCAGUACCCGGAGUACCGGAUACAAGCCCAAGCCGAAGAGGACCUUCCGAAGCCGCCGCCUCCUCCCAGCACGUGACAGGGCAGUCCAGGGUACCAGAUGGCCUCCAUUUUAAAAACGUUGCAGUAGCUUGACGACAGCCGCGGUUGUAUUUUUUCACAAUUAAUUUCCGAAAACUCGUUUGUCUGGAGAGUGGGUUGCACAAAAUGAUGUAUGUUCCUUGAAUCUGAUGAGCUCUCCAGCUAUGCUGUGUUGUUCCAGACCACAUGCAACAUGCUCUUAUUAUUUUGUGUGCGUUAGCUUCAGUAUGGUUUUUAAUGAAAACAAGGAAUUGGAUUCUAUAACUUGUCUAGUAGUCUAAGUUGUAAUGCAGUUCUUGUACAUUAAAAAAAAAAAAAAAAAAAGAGUGGCACUUAGAAAAAGCAAAAAGGAGGGCCGACGAGCUUUGGGGCAGUGAAAUUCCAGUCGCUCUCCUUAGAGCUUAGUAUAUUAUUAGAAACACAAAAUUUCUGGCUACAAGUCUGAAAUUUAAUAUUUUCCCAAAGAUGCAGAACUGUAAGAUACCAAUUGAUUGAUUGAAACUGUGUUUUUAAUCUUGGAAGGACUAUGAUCACUACUGGCUCAUGAGCCCCUAGCAAUAUAAAGUACUGUAAAUAAACAAAAGUUAAAAUGAACUAUGGUAUAUUUUGUUUAUAGUGUUGCAAUUCUGCAUAAGAGUGACUCAUCGUAAAGCACAAAGUUUGUCACUAACAUGUUGAGAACGGCAUGGCAGGGAUCGAGCUUCGGUUGUCCCGCCUCCGGCACGAGCUUUGUACCUUAGACAACGCUUGAGCGUGCAAGCGCAGUCAAAGCAUGGCAGAAGGCGUAUCGCGUGUGCUGGAAGCCGGCAUUCGAGAGGCACACCCUGCUGUUCUCGCUUUGUCAGUGGACACAGUCAUUGUGCUGCCGGCACUUUUUAUCAAGUAGGGUGUCGAGUAGCGAGAGUAAGAGACAGCGGUUGUAAAACGGCGUUUAAUCGGUGCUUCAUACACCCAGUGCGUCUCGGACUGUUGCCGAACCACAAUGUUUCCAACAUCCGCACAAAAAUUGCAACCCUCGCUGCAUUUGAUUCGCCUGCAGCAGCCUACAUCGGUGCACAAAAAUGCGGGGCAGUGUAUACUUCCGGCGUGCGAUUUAAGACUGGCUGCGUUCGUGAAUCAGAUAUGACUGUGUGCACCCAGUGAAGGUAAAUCGAACGUAGUAACUGUAGAUCUAUUUGCGAAGCACGUUUCCUCGCGGCCCCCCACAUUUGGAAUUUCUCGUUAUCGCUAAAGUUGUUCAGCUUUCAAAGCCCAUCAUUCGUUGAGGCUCGGCACUUUUAUCUGACAAAGAACAGCAACGUUCCGACCAGAUUGCCACUCUUUUCUAGGCAGACUGCUGAAGUGCAAUCUAGUUUGGUAAUGUCUGCCUUAUUGCGAGAGUGUGAAUGGCGUCUACAAAAGUGGAAACAAUGUUGAGGCUAUGUGCCAAGAAAUCGCGCCAAUACUGUAGCAGUAUUCUUCGUUCGGGUCGUUUCCCCGGUGCCUUGGCUAGUACUGUCCAUUCUCCUGCCACUUGCCACCUCAAAAUCUAGUGUUCAAAUAAGAGCAAAAGCACAUCCCACACAAAUGAUUCACGCAAAGAGCGGCAUAUGACCUCCAACCUGCCACCAACACGCCUCAAACGUUUCCAGCAUUAAAUGUAAAAAGAUCUGACUCAAAGGCUUCUCUCGAAACAUUGCAGAAACAAAAAGCAGCGUAGAAGUAGCUCCAUGGAAUGCAAAAUGUACAAAAGAAAAGAGUGACUUUCAAGUCUGGCACACCCUUUCACAUUCAAGCCUUCUAAAAUGUAUCGGAGAUGGUAAAAAAAAUGUGCAGCAGAAAUGUAAAGCGUUUGUCCCAAUCAAUAACAUUUGACAUUUGCUUGGGUGUAUCUGUUCUGUGCAACUGAAAUAUCAGACUGGCUUGAGGGGUGUCCAAACAGGACACUACAAAACGCACGACUCCGACAAAUCAUGAAAAUUGAAGUGGGUGCGUCCGCUUCAAUUUUCACAAAACGCACGGAGUCGUGCGUUUUGUAGUGUCCUGUUUGGACACCCCUUUAGUGGCACCCUCCCUCCAAAGACACUCAUGGAUACUUUGGAGGCUGGGCAGAGACGAUUCUCAGCAGUCCUUUCUAAGUCUUCCAAGCACCCUUGCAUCCAACCUUGAAGGGCUAGCCAGUCUAGACUCUUCAAGCCCAUGCUAAAAAGAUUACCAAGCUGCUUCUGAAGUAAACAAAAUA